AUGACUUCCAAGCCCACGACGACGGCAGCGCCCUCAAGUACUACGACGUCGAGCGCUUCGAGCCGCGAGAAGCCGCCGUUCAGUUACAACGCCCUCAUCAUGAUGGCCAUCCGCCAGAGCCCGGAAAGACGUCUCACCCUGAACGGCAUCUACGAGUUCAUCAUGGACCGGUUCCCCUACUACAGGGACAACAAGCAGGGCUGGCAGAACUCCAUCCGCCACAACCUGAGCCUCAACAAGUGCUUCGUCAAGGUGCCGCGUCACUACGACGACCCGGGCAAGGGCAACUACUGGAUGCUGGACCCGAGCAGCGACGACGUCUUCAUCGGCGGCAGCACGGGCAAGCUGCGCAGGCGGUCGGCCGCGCGGGGAAGCCGCCUGCAACUGCACGCCGCCGCGGCGGCCGCCCUCAAGCAGCACCAGCACAGGGCUUCCCUGCACGCCGCCAUCCAGCCGCAUCACCUGGCAGCGUGGCCUUCGUCGUGGCUUCUACGGUGUCAGCUGGCCGCCGCAGCAGCCGGCCUUCUGCUGUGGCCGCCGCCUCCGUCGGCCGGAUGCUGCGGAUUGCCCGCCGCUACUCAUCACUCCGUUCCCCUUCCCGUGGCGUCGACUUCGGUGCAGAACCCGCAGUCUUCGUCCACGACGGCUCUGGCGCCGUUGUACAGGCCCGUGGCUGUGCUUAGCAGGCACAGCUAGCGCGUGGGACCCUCCCGCGGGAGAGACGAUCUGGUUUUCGUAGGUUGUGAUAACAUCCAU